AUGAAUGUGACUUUACGCGAAUUCCUUACAAAUGAUGACAGUGUGCAAGAGAGAAUUCCAACCGAAAUCCACACCAACAAAACAACUCAAAAAGUUCUAGGAAUUAUGCGGGAUGCCAAUGACGGCACAAUGUCAAUACUGUGCACUUUUAUAGACGUACCAAAAAUCACCAAAAGAGCUGUUGCUCGUUUAAUCGCCUCCAUUGACAAUGCUUUGGAAUGGCUAGCUUCGGAGAACACCAACGCGGAAACUCCCCUCAUUAUGGAACAUUACCGCGAAAGUGAAUUCACCUUGAAACGACUACCACUGGACAAGUACAACGCUCACCGCGCUGCAGUAGGAGACGUUGUUCUCAUUGCCGAUAAGAAUGUUCCACGUGGACAAUGGCCUUUAGUCAUCAUAACCACUAUCCACCGCAGCAAAACCAAUAUACCCAGAUCAGCCACUGUCCGCACUGCAAAUGAUCAUGAGUUGCAGAGAUCGAUCAAUCAACUACAUCCAUUGGAGAUUUCUGCAAAGAAAGACUCACAACCGAAGAAGAGCCGUGAAGAACUGCAUCUUACACGAAUCCAACCACCACGAGCAGCCAAACGUCUACGAUUUGCACUUGGCAUGAAGCAAGCGACUCAACCGCACCAUUUAUCACCUGAUGAAACAUCAUCCCAAGAAAUCCUUUCACCAACCACUGUCCGUCGCCUACUACAUCCUAUUGAAGCUUGCCACGCUUACGCGAAAGGCAACUUCGAACCAUUGGAUACACUCACCAUAGGCAAACAGGUGCAGCACAACAGUCUUCCCGUUGAGCAACGUUGUGCCCUACGCCUUGCGCAGAGCCUAUCCCUCGCCAUCCACUUUGACCACACCUUUACUCUCUCUCAGUUAGCCGCACGUGACAUCUGUAUGGUAGAACCCUUCAUUCGUGACGACUACCACAUCAACCUACUCGAUAUGAUCGUCGAAGAAGCCACCAUUCCAGCACCAUCUCAGCUCCUUUAUCCAUCUUUACAAGGUCUUCCUAUCGUUACCAUAGUCCAGAGCUACCGAGGAAUCCAUGGAGCCACUACCAUACUAGGAAAACUCACGUCGGACAUCGCAGAGAAAACAGAGAUGGCAAUCCAUCACGGAAAUUAUCGACUCGAUGGAGCAAAUAACCACAGUGUAGGCUAA